AGUUCAGUGCAUAAGUAUAUUGCGAAUUUACUUCAAUGUUUGUACAUAAAUGCAUUUCGUUUAGUACGAGUAUGUAUAUGGUCGCACCUACUUGAAGGAUUACUGAAAAUACAUUGAUUUUUGAUAGUGACUAUUCGGAAGAAUAUUUUUAGCGGACUAACUUAAUCGUGGUAUAUUGUCCUGAUAUACCACGUUUUCUUCUUCGUCUUUAUUUAACUAUAUAAAAACGGAUGACACUUAUGAUUAGAUACAUGUUUAUGAAUGGUAUUAAGUUUGCUAAAAAAUCUUAAACCUGUGUGUUUAUAUUGACAUUUAGAAAAUGACUAGGAAGGAUGCUAUAAAUGUUUGUAGUGCUUUUCUAUGUUUAAUGGCUAUAACGAUGUUAUGGACAAUCCUGUGGAAGAAACGUGACGACAUUGACUGGAAGAAAAGGUACAUGGACACGUGGUCAAAUAGCAAUAUCAGACAGGAUGAAAAUAUGCUGAUAGCUCAGAGAAAUCAUCUAGCAAAACUGCUUAACCAGAAACAGCAAAUUAUAGGGCGAAUGAAAUGCGAGGAGUUAAACAGAACAAAAGUUGCGAGGGAGGAGACGACCGAUGAAGGCGGAUGGUGCCCAAUAGCCUCAAAAACGAAACAUUUAGGCUUUGACAAAAGUCUUGCUGCAGGAUUAGCUGAAUUCUUUCAAGGAAAAAACAUUGCAAGUUUUGGAGACGGGCCAGGAAGAUUUAAAAGCGCAAUACUUGAAACAGGACAAGUUAAAUCAUAUGAUGCGUAUGAUGGAGCCCCAUUUUGUGAGAUAACAAGCGGUGGUCUCGUGCAAUUUCUUGACCUUUCGUUACCACAGUUUGGCUUACCAGUUUACGAUUGGAUAUUGUGUUUAGAAGUAGCUGAACACGUACCCAAAGCCUAUGAGGAAGUCUUGGUAAGCAACAUAGUUCGACAUGCACGAGAAGGUGUUAUUUUGAGCUGGGCAAGGCCUGGACAACAGGGUUACUCUCAUAUCAACAACCAGUCUCCAGAAUACGUUAUUUCUUGCAUGGAUAGAGUUGGAUUUGAGCUUCAUACAAAAUUUACAGACCUAAUAAGAAGUAGAACUACAAAUAAAAAUCUUCAACGCAAUAUUAAUGUAUUUGUUAGGAAAGAAAAGCAGUCAGUAGACGAGUUAUCAUAUUAUGCUUGAUGAAGAGGUUAUUAUAAAAAAAAGACAAAUGUUUAUAAUAUCAGGAUUAAAAGUCAACUUUAUUUAUUCUUAAGGAAAUAAAUACCACACACGAAAACUUUUACAACAUUUGAAAAAAAGUCUUACAAGUAACGUUGCAAUAAAGGAAAGGAGUUUGUGCAACAGUAUUGAUAAUAAUACUUUAUUUGCACUUCAAAUGUUAGAAUUACAAUCAAACCUCAUAAAUGUUUGUAAAUGCUCUAAAAGUGUAAAUAAACGUUUAUUCACCAAGCGUAGUUG